GGUCCAUCAAAUCCAUGGAAAUCAAAACACUUGACAUCCGACCGCAGCCGGGUUUCACCUUUUGGACCCUCCGCUUCCUUGUUCACCUCCGCAGACAUCUGAAGGCUCAAUGAGGCCCCAAUUGACCUUCCGUCGAGUUACAGGCCUAUGGCCAAGACCUUUCGCCUUUGAGGCGCCCCCUUUGCUGCGGCGUUCGCCGCUCCCCGCCGUCCCCGUUCGAGCGCUGCAACUGCGGCAUUCCGGGGAUGUGCCAAGCUUUGAUAUCUUCCAGAAGAUCAAAGACCCUCCGGAGGAAGGUGACGGUCCCGCCAAAGGGAAGCGACGAAAGCCCUCGGACAAGGUCUUGCGCAUCGUGGAUGAGAUCAUGUCCUUGACCCUCAUCGAGGCCGCGGACCUGUGCGAUCUGUGCCAGGAGAAGCUCUCGGAUGGAGCGCUGCGCGGUCGGAUGCCGUUCCCGCAUCCGGCGGGCAUGUUCUCGGGCAUGCCCAUGCCCAUGCCCAUGGCCGGCGCGAUGCCAGCGAUGCCCAUGCCACAGGCCGCGCCGGCGGCUGCGCCAGUGGAGGAGGCGGCUGCUGCGGAAGCGCCAAAGGAGGCGAAGAAAGAGGAGAAGAAGAAGGAGGUCUACACCAUCAAGUUGGUCGGCUUUGAAUCCUCUAAGAAGAUCAACGUCGUCAAGGAGGUGCGCGCGAUCACUGCGAUUGGCCUGAAGGAGGCGAAGGAGCUGGUUGAAAGCGCUCCGAAAGUGGUGAAGAAGGGCGUCCCGGCCGCGGACGCCGAGACCAUGCGCGACAAGUUGGUCGCUGCGGGUGCUGAGGUCGCCUUGGAAUGAGCGCCGGCGGCAAAGCGAGUGGAGUGGAGCCGAGCCGAGUGGAGUUGGCCCGUUCUCGGUCGGUGGCAGUCGUUCCA